UAAACUAACCGAGCACUAGCGGAGGAAGACCGGGGAGAUACAGAUUACAGAGUGGGAGAUGGAGAAAACAGUGGCAACGCUUGAUGAGGGUACCCUAUGCUCCUCAUGGAACUACUGUGGCCAGAGACUCGCUACUGGCUGUGUUGAUGGUACCCUAUCUAUCUUCGACGCCCGUGACCCCGCUUCCUCCUCCUUCACUCGCACUUCGAAGUCUAGGGUGCAUGAUGCUGGAAUUGUGAAGGUAGUUUGGAUUCCUCCAGAGUACGGUGAUGCAGUUGCUUGUCUUUGUGAGGAUGGGAGUUUGUUAUUGUGGGAGGAGGUUACGGAAGAUGGGCAAGCACUAAAAUGGAAGCUAUGCAAAAGCUUUAGAAGUGGUUCGAUUCGGGUAUUAGAUGUUCAAUUUGGAGUCUCCUCUACAAGUUUGAAGAUGGUUGUGGCCUAUUCAGAUGGCCAUGUUAAAGUUUAUGAGCUUCUGGAUCCUUUAGAACUAAAGAAUUGGCAACUUCAGGCCGAACUUCAGAAUGUUAUUGACUCAGUAUCUAUGUUUGGGAAGGCUUCAUGCUUAUCUGCUUCAAUUUCUUGGAAUCCACGAAUCGAUGAGAGCCAGGAAUUGAGCUUUGUAGUGGGGUUCAAUUCAGAUAACCAACAACUCAACUCCUCGAAGGUGUGGGAAUUUGAUCAAGCUCACCAAAGAUGGCUUCCAGUGGCAGAGUUGGCUUUGGUUGACGACAAGGCUGAUCAGGUUUUUGCUGUUGCAUGGGCACCAAAUAUUGGCCGUCCAUAUGAGGUAAUAGCUGUUGCAACUCACAAAGGAAUUACAAUAUGGCAUCUUGGAAUGAACCCUGAUGUGGAUGGAAGGCUAUCGCUGGAGAGGGUCGCAUUGCUUUCUGGUCACAAUGGGGAGGUGUGGCAGAUGGAAUGGGACAUGAGUGGAAUGACUCUGGCUAGUACAGGCCGUGAUGGGUCGGUAAGAUUGUGGCAGUCCAACUUAAAUGGCAUUUGGAACCAACAAGCUGCAUUUGAACCCACUUCUUAGCUCGGAUUAUUUUGCUUAUAAUUUUUUUUUUAGUUAUCUAUUUGUACUAUUCCAAAUGCCAUUGUUUCCUUGGUGUAGUAAUUUGUAACUAUUAGCUAUGAUCAAAGUUGUAUUCAGGAGCUUAAAGUUUUGCAAAAAAUUAAAAUCAAUGACUAUUUCAGCCUUGUAAGGUAUUAUGCAAUCAA